AAACAUUGACACUUUUUUUUAUUCAAAAUUCAUUCUAGAUAAACGACAAACAAAUGUUGGAUUAUUUGGCGAAUGCACUCACAAAUGGACUAUACCAGAAUGGUCCAAGAUACCUUUAGAUAUGACUCUAGAAAGUCAGCGCUUUUAUAUCGGGAAUCACGAAUGGGAGUGCUAUAUACUUUUUUUUUUUUUUUUUUUUUAAGAAAUACGGAUGGUUACAUAUUGAAUUGAUAGGAAAGUUCAGUGUGUGUAUGUGUAUUUAUGUCGGUUUAUUAUAAUAGUCUCUUGGGGCAUUCCUCGCACCAGUUGAAACAAAUUCAAAAAGUGAUAAAGGAAACUCUAGAGAAAAUCGAAGGAUCUAUAUCUAUAAUUAAGACAGGAAUAAAACCUGUAUAUAUAAGUGUUUCGCAUGAUUUUGAGUUUGAGGAAGGAUAUGCAUCACCAUGGGGAUAUCUUGAUGCCACUACGCUCCAAAAGGUGGAUAAUUAUCUUACAGACGACAAACUUACUUUUUCUAUUUGCUUGGCUAUUAAGCAAGAACCAAAAUAUUCGAUAUUACUAUACAUGUAUUCAAGGACGAAAAGGAUGAGUUAGACGAAAUUGAAAAAAAAAAUCAAACCAUGAUUCCACUACCAGUGUACACAGAGACAAAAGGAAGAAAGUUGAGAGCACCAAUGGAAUGAAAUCAAAUAAAAAGAGCACACUACAUGGGCACAAGUUUAUUCUCGCUGCAGCAUCCCCGUGGUUUAGAGACACAUUCCUUAGUGGCAUUAAAGAGUCUACUGAGAAUGAGGUGAAGAUUCGUGGAGUUGACCCAAAUAUAUUUAAGUUGAUUUUCGACUUUAGUUAUGGGAAGGAUAUAUACAUAAAAGACAGUACCCAUAGUGUAAAUAUUCUCAAAGUUGCCGAUCGUCUCCAGUUCGAAGAUAUCAAAGUCUAUACUUUCUCAUGCCUGCGAGGUCAGCUUGACGAGUCCAACAUAUUUGAUAUCUGGCAAGCAUCAGAUUUGUACAGUUGUGGUGAAACUCGAAUAUCAUGUGAGGAAUUUUUGAAAGACUGCUAUGCUGAUAUCUUUGAGCCCCCAGGGUGGCCUGCUGCAAGCAAUGAUUACGCUCUCAAAGCAAUUACUGUAGAUGGAUUGAAAGGAAGAAUAGACGAGAGAAUAUUCUACAAGGCAGCACUCGCAAGAAGAGAUAUUUCUGUUCAGAAAAUGAUUAACUUACUAAAAACAAAAGAGAAAAAAUGCAAGAAAAAAGUCGCUAAAGCAUUACCUGGUACUUCCACUCUCGAAGGAGCCAAGAAUACCAAAGAAAAAGGCAGAAAAAAAAAUGAAUAUAAGGCAGAGACCGCAACAGCAACAGAAACAGAGACAGAAACAGAGACCGAGACCGAGACAGAAACAGAGCCAGAACCAGAUACAGAUACAGAAACAGAGAUAGAGGCAGAGAUAGAGGCAGAGGCUGGAAGUCUUGAAGGACUAGAGUAUAUACGAUGGGAAGAAUAUGUUAAAAAGAAGUUGGACGAUAUACAUAAACAUUUUGAGGUUAUGAUUUCAACUAUACGUUUCCACCAAAUGGAUAUAAAAUACCUUGCAGAUACAGUUGAAAAGGACGAUGACGUUAUGCAGAUACCAGGGAUCAAAGACAUCAUAUUUGAAGCGUAUCGGCACAAGGCUUUCCUUGGAAAGAGACAAGUAUCAAAGAAGUAUCAAAGUCGAUCGAUCAAAUCGAACUAA